GACUUCUAGAAGACCUCUCUCCUACUUCCCACUCUCGAUCAUCUCUCUCUCUCUCUCUGUCUCUCUCUCAUCCAAUCCCCCCUCUAAACCCUAACCCUAGCCCUAAUUAAGAUCUAGGGCAUCGGGUCCUUCAUCUGCCUCUUGCAAAGGGUGCAGGAGGAGAUAAAGGUCAUAUCAGGUUUCAGGUCCAAGCUCUGUGCAUUCCCAGUUCUCAUCAGUUUGAUUCAACAAUGUCGAGCCGCGGGAACACUCACUGGUGUUACAGAUGCAGGCAAGCGGUCACCCCCAUUGGUCGAGACUUUCUAUGCCCCUACUGUGAUGAAGGCUUCCUGCAAGAACUCAACGAGAUUGGUGGAAUCAUGGGGCCACUAGGAUUUCUUGGACCGAAUCCUGAUGAAGAUCAGGACCAUCCACUUAGGGUUAUGGAGCUCCUUUCCGCCUUCAUGAGGCAGCGAAUGGCUGGAAGGAAUCGUGAAGUUGACAUCCAUCGAAGACCCAAUUCCAUCUCUGAUCAAGGUCUAGGGUUUGGCACAGGCCCUUUCCUUCUCUUCAGCGGUCAGAUUCCAGCUCAUAUUGAUAUUGGAAACUCUAGACGUGUAAAUGCUGGAGACUAUCUUGUUGGCAGUGGCUUAGAAGAUUUCAUCGAAAUGUUGAUGAGGAACAAUGAUCGUCGUGGCCCACCUCCAGCUGCUCGAUCCUCCAUCGAUGCCAUACCCACGAUAAAGAUAACCCGGAGGCAUCUUCAGGGAGAUUCCCACUGUCCCGUCUGUAAAGAACGGUUUGAGCUGGGCUCUGAAGCUCGAGAAAUGCCAUGCAACCACUUGUAUCACUCAGAUUGCAUCGUUCCUUGGUUGGUUCAGCAUAAUUCUUGCCCAGUUUGUCGCGUUGAGCUACCAUCAGGAUAUAAUGGUGGUGUCCGUUCUGGUGAUCGAUCGAGUCGUCAGAGUUCAAGCGGUGGUGACGGCAGUAACAGCGGUAGCGGUGAUGGCCGUUCUGUUAGUAGGGAAAACGGCGGGGAAAGUAGCAGGAGGAGGAACCCCUUCUCUUACCUGUGGCCGUUCGGUGCGUCAAAUUCCGGUAAUACUACUACUCGGCAGAGUGGGGCUGGAGGAGGUUCUGCUGGUGUUAGUGAGGAUAGUAUCAAUGAGAUGAGCUACUCUGGAUGGCCUUUUGAUUACUAGGGGUGGUGUUUUGGCCUGUUCAGUCCUUUUGUUAGUCAUUCCCUCUUCGUGUCUUACUUCUCUGCAUGUCUAUCUUUUGGUUGGAAGUCCUGUUGAAAUAAAUAUUGGAUGGUCACCCUUUAGCCUUGUUUAUAUGAGGGCUUCUUGUUGUCAUAAAUCUUUCUCGAAUGGUAUUCAGUUUUCCUAGCAAAAUGGAAUUUGAACUUUGCCAGUAUGCAUGUGGUAAAUAUCUAUUGUCCUA